CUCUUUCCUUCUCUUCUCCUCACAGCAGUGCCUGGUCAAACCCAGCAACCCUUGGCCAGAACUUACUCACCCGUCCCACUGACACCAUGAAGCCUGUGCUGCCUCUCCAGUUCCUGGUGGUGUUCUGCCUAGCACUGCAGCUGGUGCCUGGGAGUCCCAAGCAGCGUGUUCUGAAGUAUAUCUUGGAACCUCCACCCUGCAUAUCAGCACCUGAAAACUGUACUCACCUGUGUACAAUGCAGGAAGAUUGCAAGAAAGGAUUUCAGUGCUGUUCCUCCUUCUGUGGGAUAGUCUGUUCAUCAGAAACAUUUCAAAAGCGCAACAGAAUCAAACACAAGGGCUCAGAAGUCAACAUGCCUGCCAACUGAGGCAUAUUUCCUAGAGCAUUUUGCCUCUACAGUGCUUUUUCUUGGUCCACCUUUAGGAAGGUAUUGAGAAGCAAGAAACUGGAGGCCCAAUAUCUAACUUGCAAAUCGUUUCUGAGCUUGGCAAUAAAGGCUAAUCUACCAUAAAACUCUUGAAGCUUAAGCUUUAGGUCAACACUUGCAAGAGCCCCUUCCAAAGCUCAGCACAGUUUCCUCCUGGGAUGAGGAGAGGAAGCAGAAACCCCACUUUGGCAUAGAGACAAGCAGCACUGUUCCAAUCCGGGGAUGCUGUGUGUGCCCUGGUGGUGGUCUUAAGGACCUACCACAUCAACAUCUGAACAACCCUCACUGAUUACCUGCCCUUGGUUGCACUCAUCAGGCUAAUUGAUCCCAUAUUUAACCUCAAGGAGAAAUAUCAACCAGACACUGCAUGGCAACCUCCUUGGGGCCAGCCUUCAAGGCUUCAUGGCCAUAUCAUGAACCCAGGACAGGCACAGUGGGGGUGGUGAGGACCUGAUAGAGCUGGAUCAGUGACUAAGAGGCUGCAAUAAGGUGCCAUGAAAUCAAAAUCAAAGGGCUAGAACUCUCCAAGGUCUUGCCCCCGGCAUGUAGCACCACCUGAGCCAGAAACUGCAGAGGACAUGACAAUGUGGCAUUACUGAUAAGUUAUGGAAAUGGAAAUAAUCUUUCCUAAACUACCAAUAAUAACUUUAAAUUUUUGAUCAACCAUACUAGAGCAAAGAUUGAAUUAUCCUUCUGUUCUCUCUACAGAAAUGAUAUAAAAACUAUAGUCAUAAGAAGAGACAAUCAAAAAUAAUCAGCCAUAAAAUAUUAAAAAGGUAUUAUAAAGGUAUUUAAAAUAAUAAUAAUAAAGUGUUAUUUUUCUGGGAUUCAUGAUAUUUGAUAUAUUCGUAAGCUUUUGUUAAGUUUGUAAUUUGUUGCAAUUUUUUUCACUUCAAAUAUUCACUUACGUGUCUAA